GAAAUUAGCACUUCUGUUGUUUUCCAUCAGUUUGACAUCGGCCAAUAUUUAUGAAAGACUGCAGCUGCUACAAGUGUAUCCACAAACUGACGAGGAGCGUUUCUAUCUGGAGCAGUUGAAAAAUGAGCACGAUGUAUGGUACUCAUCGGAAGAUCGUUAUGACGUACUUCUGACGUCAUCAAACAUCAACUGGCUCCUCAGUUCCCUGCAGAAGAGAGGCAUUGCAUCGGCGAUCGUGAAUGAUGACCUUGACAGAGAUAUAAAAGAGGAGUUUGAAAGGCUUUCGAAAAAUGAAUUGUUCUUCGAUUAUGAUGACUUCAACAAUCUUACUUCGCUGUAUAAAGAGAUGGACAAGAUAGCAGCCAAAUGCAUUCCAGGAUUUGUCUGUGUAGUUGACGUUAUUGGAAGCUCUUUUGAGAAGCAACCCAUCAAAAGAUUGAAGAUUUCGAAGAAUGUGGCAAACAGGCGAGUGAUUUGGUUGGAUGCGACCACACACGCCAGGGAGUGGCUCACCACCGCCACAACUUUCAAAAUCAUGAAACAUUUGCAAGAUAAAUACAAAGUUGAUUCAUCGGUGACUAAGCUGUUGGACAAAUAUGAUUGGCACUUCAUUCCUGUCGUCAAUCCAGAUGGAUACCUCUACACGUGGACAGCAAGCCGUUUAUGGAGGAAGAAUCGCAGAAUUAAUUCCAAACCUUCCUGUCCAGGUGUUGAUCUCAACAGAAAUGCCGACAGCGAAUGGGGAUCAAAUGGUGCAAGUUCAGAUCCAUGCUCCGAAACAUACGCUGGACCAUCGGUAGCUUCCGAACUUGAAACUAAAGCAUUGCAGACAAUUGUGACAGCUCUUGGCUCAAAAAUCAUUGAAAUGAUCACACUUCACGCAUACGGUAACUAUUGGCUGAUUCCUUUUGGACAUACCGAUAAUAGAACGAAACUCUGUUAUGUUGCUCCAGAUGCAACUGAAACAAUGAGAGUUGCCAAUGCAGCUGCUAAUGCCAUAGAGAAAGUCUUCAACACGAAAUGGAAAAGAGGAACUAUUUGCAGCACCAUUUAUCCGGCGUCCGGUGGGAUGAUUGACUAUGCGAAAGGUAAGCAAGGCGUCCCGUACGCGGCAGGAGUUGAAGUCAGAGGAAAUGGUUUCAUUGUCCCUCCCUCCCAAAUUAAUCCUUCCUUCCUUGAGGUGUGGGCUGGCAUUGUCGCCAGUAUUGAAGCCAUUGAGAAUAAACCAUCACUUGAUCAAUAAAAUUUUUAAAAUCACAUUUUCCAAAUAGUACGUCUUAUGUGACUUAUUAUAAAUUCAAAAAUUCUAAACCAAAUUAUUUUAAGUUAACUUUACUUCAAACUAUUAAAUUUUGGCAACUUUUUGAUUGAUCAAAUUAGAUUUUAUUUCAAUAAAAAAAAUUACAAUGCAGCUUUUAUUCGUGCAUAAUGAUAAAUAAAACGAAAAAUCUGCAAUUAUAUUUUACAAUUGAAUUAGACAUAAUUUUUUGAUAAAAUUAGACAAAAUGU